AUGCAGUGCCGGAACAGCGUAGGAUGCCAAGUUCACGGGGACGUCCGCGUGUCCAAGGUCGGUGGAAACGUUCACGUCGCCCUUGGCAAGUCGACAAUCCGGGACGGCAAGCACGUGCAUGAGUUUAACCUGAAGGAUGUCAGUGACGGGUUCAACACGUCCCACAUCAUCCACAGACUCGAGUUCGGGCAGCGUGUCCCUGGUGUCGAGUCGCCACUGGAGGGGACGGCAAAAAUAGUCGUCAAGGGCGCGUACAUGUUCCACUACUACAUCAAGCUGGUUCCAACUCUUUUCGAGACUGGCAAUGGCAAGCCGCUGUACACACAUCAGUAUUCGGUUACAGGCAAAGAGAAAGACGUCUUGGUGAGGCAAGGUGAGCUCGCGGGUCUUCCAGGGGUCUUCUUGGUGUACGAGUUUACACCCUUCAUGGUGCAGAAGACGGAAAAGGACGUGCCAUUCACGCACUUCUUAAUCUCUGUGUGCGCCAUCAUCGGUGGCGUGUUUACUGUGGCGAGUCUCAUCGAUGCCAUCCUGUACCGCACUGUGAAGAAGCUUGGGAAACCGAAGUCAGUUGCCUGA